UAAACUAUUUUGAAUAUUGAAUGAUUAUAUUGAUACAUACACUGUAUUGCCAAAAAGUAUUGGGACACCCCCUCCAAAUCAUUGGAUUGAGGUGUUCCAAUCACCUCCAUGGCUACAGACUGCUUCUGCAAACAUUUGUGAAAGAAUGGGUUGCUCUCAGGAGCUCAGUGAAUUCAUGCGUGGUACUGUGAUAGGUUGCCACCUGUGCAAUAAGUCCAUCCAUGAAAUUUCCUUGCUACUAAAUAUUCCACGGUCAACUGUUAGUGGUAUUAUAACAAAGUGGAACUAACUGGGAGCAACAGAAACUCAUCCACGAAGUAGUAGGCCAUGUAAAAUGAUAGAGUGGGGUCAGCGCAUGAAGCGCACAGUGCACAGAAGUCGCCAACUGUCUGUAGAGUCAAUAG